AUGCUUUUCUGUAUAGACAAAAACAUGGCCUGAUUUGGCUAUACUUUACUUAAUCAGAACACAUAAUUUGCAAAAACAUGCAUAUUGUAGGUAUUUUAAUUGAAAAAGAUGCGGAGCCCUUAGAAAUACAUAAUUUGCAAAAACACGCAUAUUGUAGAUGAACACACCAUGUCAACUUUUUGCCACUUUGUUUUCAAUUUUGCCCUCACUUUUGAGACACACUCUUGACAAAAGGAGGGCAAAAUAGUAAUUUUGCAUCUUCUAACAAAAUGACAAUCAUACCCUCAUUUUCCUAUUUUAUCCUCACUUUUGAUACACAAUAUUUACACAAAGAGGGCAAAAAUGGUAAUUAUGUAAUAUUAAAAAAAAAGGUGCCCUUCUUAAGAGAUCUCAUCAUCAUUGUCUCUUACUUUUUUCUAAAAAUUUUAAAAAGCUAAUCACACUACUUAAUCAAAAACAAAAAAGAAAAAGAAAUUGUUCACACACAAAGUGUGUGCUUAUACCCUAGUUUUAAUUGAAAAAGAUGUGGAGCCCUUAGAAAUACAUUAUGUUUACAUAUUGCAAAUUAGGACCCAUUUUAAAACAUGAAUUUUUACUAUCUUGACUCAUUUUUUCACAUUCUAUCCACCUAAAAAAUUAUGUCUAAAUAACCUUAUUUUCACAUGAUAUGAGUAGUAAAUAAAUUUAAAGAGUAAAAUUAAAACUAACAAAUUAGUAAAAGAUUAUAUUUAAUCAUUUCGAUAGAAAAUAGUAUAUAAAUAUAACAUAACUCUGUUCAUUAAAAAUUAAUUUUUUUAUAACUCUAGAAAAAAAAUAUACAUAACCCUUUUAAUUGGAGACGACUGACAAAUCAGUCUUGUUUGCCAUCAAGUUCAAUACACGGAUUUCCUCAUUUAUCAUACAAUUCAAGUGCUUAAGAUGUUUCGACCAAAAAAAAAAAAAGAAUAAAAAUGCCUUAAAGAUCUUUGACCACUCAGCUUUACGCCCUUCGUGCCCGAAGACGUAACUCUCUUGCAAUAGCAUUGUCUUGAGGUGCAAAUUUGAUCGCCUUUAGAAAGUCUUCCCGCGCAGCAUCUGUCUAGGCCCCUGUUUGGUUUCGGAGAAAAUCACAAGCUCAAAUUUACGCGCACAUUUUCUCAAUUUUUGUGUUGGCAUUGAUAGUUUGCGGUGAAGGAGGUUAUCGAGAAGGUUCUGGCUGGGCUGAUACGGCCUCAUUUCAUUAUAGCUAAAUAUUGGAAGUGGGCAUUUCCAAGUUUGUUUGUGUUCUUGCUCAUAUGAACCCCUUAAUCUUAAUUAGUAUAUCUGAGCACGAACCUAUUCGGUGAUCAAUCUGAAGAGGAAGAGGAAUAGAGCGAUUCCGAGCAUGAGUCUAAUCCACGGCCCAAUUCUUACUUUGAGGGCUCCGACCGCAGCACACAUCAGCAGCGAUGGCGAGGAGAAGCGGCACCAGAUGAUGCAGAACCUAUUCGGUAAUCAAUGUGAAGAGGAAGAGGAAGAGGUGAAUUCCGACGACGAGUCCAAUCCCCAGCCCAAAUCUUACUGGGCUAUAACAAGAUUAUCUAUUGUGCUACUGCAUGCUCUGCUAUCAGCGGAGACCUCUACAGGGUUGAUCAAAGAGGGGUAUACAAUCUUACUAAAGCAUUUCAGGACUAUAACAACAAAAUGUUGCGAUUACGAGCAGGAAAGAGUAGCAAGAGCAGACUUACAAUUGUUAAGUUCAAGACUCCGGCGACUCCGGCGGCAGUAGAUGGACGGGAAGUUCGUCUGGGGACUUACUUUUAGGAUGUAGUUGCUCCUACGUAUGAUGGAGGAAUGGAUGUCAAGUUCAAAUUCACUUUCACCGGAGAUGCUGUUUUCUCUAGAAAGAGAAAGACUAAUGUGGGGUUUUGAGGCUCUAAAUGGAAACCAACUAUUAUUCCAUUUACUCUAUUUUAUGCUGCAUUGUAGGAUAUGUUGAGCUGUCAAAAAAGCUUUCACUUCCUUUGGGUCGGACCCUUGACCGGCAUGCCAUAUUUGCAUUCUCAAAUGGAGCUUCUAAGCUAAAAGCAGCUUCCCUAAAUGAAAUUCAUGAUAUUUUUCUUAUUUUUAA